AUUACACUAGAUUCUCGUCCCCCUCGAAGCGGAUAAGAUAAACGACAUAAAACCUGUGAGGCUGUGACCCGUGAAAUUCAAACUUUGAGCCUCUAUGAAACUCCGCUGCUGCGACCUCACCGCCUUCUAUGAUAGUCCAACUCGCCGGCCGCUUCUCUCCCUCCGUCCGCGGAAGUGCUCUGUCUCAUUUUCUAUCUAUUCAUCUCAUUCUCACGGAGUCUCACUCGCAGAGUUGCUCCAGUACGAAACGCUCCGGAUCCUAGAAUGGCCCGCUGUCUGCUCCCAGCUCGCAGCCUUCACUUCCACUCCCAUGGGACUUUCCGCAGCCCGUUCCUCAAGGAUUCCGUUGGGAAGCUCUCCGGAGGAGAGCCUGAGGCUCCUGGCGCAAACCUCUGCUGCCUUCGCUCUUCCUCAGAGGCUGGAUUUUUCCGGAAUCCAUGACGUCACGGACAUCGUCGAUACCGCCGUCUCCGGUCAAAUACUCUCCAUUCAUGAGAUUUGUUCUGUGAAACGAACUCUCUUAGCAGCCCGAUCAUUGCUCAAACAACUGGAGGAGAUGUCUUCACAAAAUGAAUUUCGUGACAGGUACAAGAAGGCGAUUAGGAAUGCGUUUGCUAGUAGAUACGGAUAUAUAAUGGAUUAAUGGAUGUAUGGUUUCGCAUUUUUCCAUCUAGCAGUUCACAAUAGUUUUUUGAAGUAUGCUUUCUGGCGAAUGCAUGGCCUAUCAAUCAGUUCAUCUGGAAGUUCUUUUGGAUGCGCGUGUAAAUGACAAAUUAUGUUCUAGUGAAUGUGCAUCAUGUAAAUAAAAAAAAUUCUCGCCUUCAUAUGAAUUCUUAAAUAUUCACAUAAUCCAGAAACGGACAGAUAAGAAACAGUAGAAUCGUUUCUACUGUUCUACAUGGAGGUCAUAACUCAUAAAAAUCAAAUGCUUGGCCGGCAUGUUCUCUUCAUUGUGAAAUGUUCUUCUUUUCAUUUUGGCAAUUGAAAAUCACAGCCCUCAGUGCUAUGCCUAAUCUUUCAUUGUGAAAUGUUCUUCUUUUCAUUUUGGCAAUUGAAAAUCACAGCCCUCAGUGCUAUGCCUAAUCGCUUAUGAGAAAGACAUAUUCUACUGAAGUACUGAUUGUGUAGUUUUCAAAAAACUUUCAAUAAUUAAUACUCCGUAAUUGAGAUCAAUCUGAUGCCUUAUUUGUUGCUGGGAUGACUAAUAUUCAACAGCUUAACAUUUAUGAUAUGCGAGUAAUUAAUUUGGAAAAUAAUCAGGAAUAUUCCUUUCUAUUUAAUACAUUGCAUACAACUAGGGCUGUGUUCAACAUGGCAUCUUUUAUUUGCUCUUAGAGUAAUAUAUAGAUAACGGUUACCUAAAAACAGUGAGGUAUAUGGAAUUGAAACCCGUCUCAGAAAAGACGAGCUAAACUGAGCAACAAGUUCUUCACAUGCAGUUGAUUGAACUUAGGGAAUACCACCCAACAUUGAUGGGUCUCUAUGGUUUCUGAAGAUAUUGGUUUUGGAUGAAUAAAUGAAUUAUUUCAUAUCAAGUUGAACUUCUACUUUCUAUAAACUGUAUUUUCAAUAGGGCUUUUAGGCUGUUGCAAGAAGUCAUUUGAAUGGGGACUCGAUUAGCUGUUUCAUUGUGUUCCAGUUAUUUGUAUUUUAUCCAAGCAGGUGCUCUCCACUGAUUGGAAUUCUUCAAAAUUGUGAUUUUCUUGUUGAACUAGCUCAAGAUUUAGAAAUCUGUAUCAACUGUGAUCUUUCAGUAAUCCUCGAUCGAGCUAGUGAAGAAUUGAGAAUUGUGAGGUCCAAAAGAAAAAGGAACAUGGAAAAUCUGGAAUCGAUGUUGAAGGAGGUGUCAUCUAGGAUUUUUCAGGCUGGUGGAAUUGACAGAGCGGUAGUAACCAAACGUCGAUCAAGGAUGUGUGUUGGUGUUAGAGCAUCCCACAGAUAUUUGCUCCCAAAUGGUGUGAUCUUAAAUGUUAGCAGUACCGGAUCAACAUACUUUAUGGAACCUGAAGCAGCAGUUGAACUGAAUAACAUGGAAGUUGAGCUUUCAAGUUCUGAGAGGAAAGAGGAACAAGUCGUGUUGAGUUUGCUUACAUCUGAAAUCGCUCUAUCCAAAAUGAAGAUAAAAGUUCUAUUAGAUCGGAUAUUAGAAAUGGAUUUUGCUUUUGCCAGAGCUUCUCAUGCUCAUUGGAUGGAUGGGGUCUGUCCAGCUCUUAGUUCAAAAGGAUAUAAUAAUUUAGCUGUGGAUAUUGAAGGCAUAUAUCAUCCUCUGCUCCUUGAACGCUCCUUGAGAAGAUUGCCUGAUCUUGUAAGAUCUAAAUCCCAAACUUCACCUUAUUCAGAUCUGAGGAAGGAUCCGUUAGAGCUUGUUCAUGUGUUUCCUGCACCAAUUGAUAUCAAAAUUGAAUACGGAAAAAGAGUGGUUGUGAUAUCAGGCCCUAAUACAGGAGGGAAAACUGCUACGAUGAAAACCCUAGGUCUGGCUUCUGUUAUGCUCAAGGCUGGCAUGUUCUUAGCUGCUCAAAAUAAGCCCAGGCUUCCCUGGUUUGAUCUAAUUCUGGCGGAUAUAGGUGAUACUCAGUCUGUAGAACAAAGUCUCUCAACUUUUAGCGGGCAUAUCUCACGGAUUUGCAAGAUCUUGGAAGCUGCUUCUGAAAGUUCUCUCAUUCUCAUUGAUGAAAUCGGCAGUGGUACUGAUCCUUCGGAAGGUGUAGCACUUGCAACAAGCAUACUGCAAUAUCUCAAAGAAAGAGUUAAUUUAGCAGUUGUAACAACCCACUACAGUGAUUUAACACGUUUGAAAGAGAAGGACGACCAGUAUUGUAAUGCAGCAAUGGAUUUUUGCUUGGAUACUCUGCAUCCUGCGUUUAGGAUUCUUUGGGGGAAUAUUGGCGAGUCAAAUGCCUUGACCAUUGCUAAGUCGAUUGGGUUUGAUGAAAGGAUAGUUAGUCAGGCACAAUCGUGGGUAAACAAAUUCAAGCUAGACAAGAAGCAGGAGCAAAAAGGAUUUCUUUUCCAGUCACUAGUGGAAGAAAGAGACAGAUUAGAAACCCAAGCAAAGAAAGCUGCUUUUCUUUAUUCAAAUGCUGUGCAUCUCUUCCAUGAGAUUCGAGAUGAGGCACAGUAUUUAGAGGAACAAGAAGAAGCUCUGAAGGCAAAGGAAACACAAAAAACAAAAACAGAAGUAAGGGCUGUGAAGAUGGAGAUAGAAGCUGUACUGAAGGAUUUUGAGAAGCAACUCAAGACUAUUAGAAUUGAUCAGGUCAAUUCACUCAUUAAGAAAUCAGAGUCUGUGAUUGCAUCCAUAGUUAAAGCUCAUCAGCCUUUCGAAGAACUUGCCAGUAAAAGAGGCCGAGAGUUUUAUACCCCAAGGUUAGGAGAACAAGUGAGUGUCAAGAGUUUAGGGAAUAAAUUGGCUACUGUUAUUGAAGAGCCCGGUGAUGAUGAAACUGUUGUUGUCAAAUAUGGAAAAAUUCGAGCUCGUGUAGAUAGAAGCAAUAUAAGAGCCAUUGUAGCCAAUCCUGCAAUAGGUUCUGUCCGGAGUUCAAGAAAGCAGGGUCAACAAGGGAUGAAGAAUAAUCUGAAGGAGCUAAGAAGCCUGAUUGCAGCCAACUACAAGGAUGAGGAUUCUUAUGGCCCUCUCCUGCAGACAUCGAGAAACACAGUUGACUUGAGAGGGAUGCAUGUGGAAGAAGCUUCUCACCAACUUAGCAUGGCUAUAGACACGAGAGGGCCUAAAUCCAUUCUCUUUGUUAUUCACGGGAUGGGGACAAGUGUCAUUAAGGAUUUGGUGUUGAAGUUGCUGAGAGAUCAUCCACGUGUCGCUAAGCUUGAACAAAGCCCGAUGAAUUACGGUUGUACAGUUGCUUAUCUCAAGUAGAAAAAUUUCUCUGGACUCAGAACAGCCACUAUAAAUAUUAUUUUGGGGACAGGUAAAGGGAAAGGCUUAUUUGUAUAGUUAUGUGAAUAUGAAUGUGGAAUUAGUAUUCAGAAGUUAUUAUUACAUGAAAAGAAAAUCUGCUGAGCGGGGUUUAUCUUGUUUAUUUAGUAAUAACUGUAAUAUGCUAUUUCAAUAUUUUGUACUGCGUUCAUAUCAUACCCGGCAAUCUGCUACAAAGUGAGCUUUCUGCUCAAUUAUGUUGCAUGACAAGGAAGCUGAAUGUACGAUCAUUAUUUAUAAUGGAAAACUGUUCAUUUUAUCA